AUGAAGCUCUCUAUUCUUUACGCUACUACAGCAGCAGCAGCGCUGACUUUCCAGAUCAUGACUCUCAGGUCAGGUACUCCCUACCAGGGUGGUCGUCUUGGUCUGUCUUCAGGCCAGGUUGUAUAUGCUGGUGGGAGUGAAAUCAAGUGGGUUCUUAACGACGAUGGCUCUUUGGCAGACAAGAACUCCAAGAAGUACCUUACCGUUGAGGAUGGUUGGUUUGUGUUUAGCGACACUGCUGAGAAGGCCUUCUCUUUGGAUGCUGACCGUUUGGCCUACAACGACGAGCCAUCGUUUGGAAUCUGUCCUGACGACCACGGAAGGGUCCAGUUCAACGGUACUUGUUCUGACUACACUGGUGUUGCCCUUCAGGCUGUCGGUAAGAAGUUUUCGUUUGGAUACCACCCAGACCGCUUCCACUGGCCAGGAGAAGAACCUGAAUCCUCCUCUGCAAGUGAGAGUCCACAUACCACCAUCGCCAAAAGAGAACCUACUAACGCUGGAGGUGCCAUCUACGAUCCUCUGAACACCAACCCAGCCUCGAUCCAAGAACCCAAGCCAAAAAACGGUGAGGAGUUCUCUCUUACUGUCAGUAAGAACCGCGGUUGGUUCUGGCACUGGACUAAGAUCAAGAAGUUUGACUUGCACCCUCACGUGUACUCCCUUUCCAGAAAGUCUGGCAAGGAGGUGAAGUUCCUGUUCCAGGAUGACGGCAAGUCCUUAACUGACUCUGAUGGUCGUGACGUUAUUGUUCGUGACAACGGAGAGAUGGGAGAAGUGGCUCCUGAUGGCCAUGAGAAGGCCCUGCCAUACUUUGACGUCAAGAACGGGUACCUCCUUUUCAACGGCGACUCUUGGUGGUGGGCAUGUCCAAACGACGUGGAUGAUCUUUACGUUUCGAAAAAGGAAUGUGAAAAUGGUAAAGCUUUCAACUUUAGAGUAAGAUGA